AUGGACUUACACCGGGCAGCCUUCAAGAUGGAGAACUCAUCCUACCUCCCCAACCCACUGGCAUCCCCAGCACUGAUGGUCCUGGCGUCCACGGCUGAGGCCAGCCGCGAUGCUUCCAUCCCUUGUCAGCAGCCACGACCCUUUGGUGUACCUGUCUCAGUAGACAAGGACGUGCAUAUUCCAUUCACCAACGGUUCCUACACCUUUGCCUCUAUGUACCAUCGGCAAGGUGGGGUGCCGGGCACUUUUGCCAAUCGUGAUUUUCCCCCUUCUUUACUACACCUCCACCCUCAAUUUGCUCCCCCAAAUCUAGAUUGCACCCCAAUCAGUAUGCUGAAUCAUAGUGGGGUGGGGGCUUUCCGUCCCUUCGCUUCCACUGAGGACCGGGAGAGUUAUCAGUCAGCCUUUACGCCAGCCAAACGACUUAAGAACUGCCAUGACACAGAGUCUCCCCACUUGCGCUUCUCAGAUGCAGAUGGCAAGGAAUAUGACUUUGGGACACAGCUGCCAUCUAGCUCCCCCGGUUCACUUAAGGUUGAUGAUACUGGGAAGAAGAUUUUUGCUGUCUCUGGCCUCAUUUCGGAUCGGGAAGCUUCAUCUAGCCCAGAGGAUCGGAAUGACAGAUGUAAGAAAAAGGCAGCAGCAUUGUUUGACAGCCAGGCCCCUAUUUGCCCUAUCUGCCAGGUCCUGCUAAGGCCCAGUGAGUUGCAGGAGCAUAUGGAGCAAGAACUGGAACAGCUGGCCCAGCUGCCUGCCAGCAAGAAUUCCCUUCUGAAGGAUGCCAUGGCUCCAGGCACCCCCAAGUCCCUCCUAUUGUCUGCUUCCAUCAAGAGGGAAGGAGAGUCUCCAACAGCAUCACCACACUCCUCUGCCACUGAUGACCUGCACCAUUCAGACAGAUACCAGACCUUCCUGCGAGUGCGAGCCAACCGGCAGACCCGACUGAAUGCUCGGAUUGGGAAAAUGAAACGGAGGAAGCAAGAUGAAGGGCAGGUAUGUCCCCUGUGCAACCGCCCCCUGGCAGGAUCGGAGCAGGAGAUGAGUAGGCAUGUGGAGCAUUGCCUUUCUAAGAGGGAAGGCUCCUGUGUGGCUGAGGACGAUGCUGUGGACAUCGAGCAUGAGAAUAGCAACCGCUUUGAGGAAUAUGAGUGGUGCGGGCAGAAGCGGAUACGGGCCACCACUCUCCUGGAAGGUGGUUUCCGAGGCUCUGGCUUCGUCAUGUGCAGCGGCAAGGAGAAUCCGGACAGUGAUGCUGACCUGGAUGUGGAUGGGGAUGACACUCUGGAGUAUGGGAAGCCACAAUACACAGAAGCUGACGUCAUCCCCUGCACAGGCGAGGAGCCUGGUGAAGCCAAGGAGAGAGAGGCACUCCGGGGUGCAGUCCUAAAUGGCGGCCCUCCCAGCACACGCAUCACGCCCGAGUUCUCUAAAUGGGCCAGUGACGAGAUGCCAUCUACCAGCAACGGUGAGAGCAGCAAACAGGAAGCCAUGCAGAAGACCUGCAAGAAUAGUGACAUCGAGAAAAUCACCGAAGAUUCCGCUGUGACCACGUUUGAGGCCCUGAAGGCUCGGGUCAGGGAACUUGAACGGCAGCUAUCCCGUGGGGACCGUUACAAAUGCCUCAUCUGUAUGGACUCAUACUCGAUGCCCCUAACGUCCAUCCAGUGUUGGCAUGUGCACUGCGAGGAGUGCUGGCUGCGGACCCUGGGUGCCAAGAAGCUCUGCCCUCAGUGCAACACCAUCACAGCGCCCGGAGACCUGCGGAGAAUCUACUUGUGAGCUAGCCACCCCCAGCAGGCCUUGCCUGGAGCAGCCCCACCUGCCCGCCUCUGUGACGUGACCCUCCCCCUUGUACAUAUUUGCACACAGGUUCCCCAUGUACAUACAUGCGCACACACACGUGCACAUUCGUGUGCGUGCACACACACACACACACACACACACACACACACACACGACUCUGGAGCCAGAGUGGAGGCUGAGACCCAGGCCUUGCCUGCUGGUUCCCACCAAAACUAAGGACCAUACCUGUUCGGGGUUUUGUUCCCAAGGUGGGGCAAGGAGGUGGGAGUGAGGGGGAAUAGUUGGUCAAGGCUCCUGAGAUACAGCCCCCGGACUGACAGACGGACAGACAGACAUGCAAACACCAGACUGAAGCACAUGUAAUAUAGACUGUGUAUGUUUACAAUGUUGUGUAUAAAUGGGACAACCCCUCGCCCCCCACUCCACCCUCACCCCUUUGGUUGUAUGAUUUUCUUCUUUUUUUAAGAACACCUGGAAGCAGUGCCCCCUUCAGGGCUGGCUGGGGGCUCGGCCCAUCCACCUCUCAGGGUGCCUGCCUCUCUCUCUCCCAUGGUAUCCCUUCCCUCUCCCACGUGCUCGGUGUUCAGUGGUGUAUAUUUCUUCCCCCAGACAUGGGGCACAUGCCUCAAGGGACACGAUCCUCUCCUUAGUCUUAGCUCCUGGGGCUCUUUAUAAGGAGUUGGGGGAGAGGGGAGACACAGGAAAUGGGAACCGAGCUGAAGCAGGGGCUGAGAUUGGGGCUGGAUGAGUAUGCUCCUGGCUGUCCAGCCUUCUACCAAGAACCAUUCCUGGGAUUAGAACUGCUGUUCCCAGGGAAAGUGGUCUCCCCCACCCCUCCCGUGGGCCCCACGGUGUGAUGCUGUGUCUGUAUAUUCUAUACAAAGGUACUUGUCCUUUCCCUUUGUAAACUACAUUUGACAUGGAUUAAACCAAUAUAAACA